GGCCAUUCCCUGAUCACCCAUAUCAAUUCCUUCUAUCUGCUAUCAAACGCGUUUCCAAACUUAAAACAUAGUUCCGAUUGAAAAUAAGGCCGGCUAUCAAACAGAAAUCAAACCUUUCUUACAUCCUCGGCUCUUCGCUCUUCAACCCUACGGCCUACGCACAGCAGUCAUCGUCCCAGGCUUCAGCAGCGGUCGCCAGCUUCUCCAGAGGUCGUCCCCUGCAGCGGUCAUCGUUCCUUCGUUCGCCGGCUUCUCAAGAGCACAGGUCAUCGUUUCAGGAAGACACCCCCCCAAUUCUUGACUGAAGAGCAGUUUGACAGUAAAAUGCCUUAUGAACCAUCAAUGUCUGCUGAGAAAAGAGGAGCCUCUCCUGAGGCAUUGGCUGAAGAGGUACCAAAUCCGAAGAGAAUAGAACCAUCUGUAUUUGCUGCUGCAGGAGUGCCUAUCUCUGCUUCUUUUACUCAGCUUGUCAACGAAGGCAACCCCCCCCGAUUCUCGACUGAAGAGCAGCGUGAUAGUAAAAUGCCUUAUGAAGCAUCAAUGUCUGCUGAGAAAAGAGGAGCCUCUCCUGAGACAUUAGCUGAAGAGGUACCAAAUCCGAAGAUAAUAGAACCAUCUGUAUUUGCUGCUUCAGGAGUGCCUCUCUAUGCUUCUUUUACUCAGCUUGUCAAUGAUCCAUCCAUCAAUAAUCUGGCUCAAGAACUAGCAGUAGAUCCGCAUCUUAUUCAGAUGGUAAAAGUUCUCCUGGAACCCCUCCAAAACGAUGGAAAUGAACACGUUAUCUGCAAUCUUGAUGCCUGGAAACAAUUCGCAUCAUUGCAAAUUUGGCAAAAUCAAAAGCACUGUAGAGCAUUGAAUCAGUGUUUGCUACCAUGCCCACUUGAGACCGAUCCGAAGCAAGUUCAAGUGGCUCAACAAAUUGAAGAACAAAUGUCUUGUAUCAAGAAUAAUGCCUCUUUCAAACCUAUAUUAGGAGAUAGAGAGCCUGUUGCUAUGAUGAGGGCGGCAUUGAUAAUUUUGAUCACUUCUUGGAGUGGAAAAGAUGUGAUUGGGGAUCUGCCUGAACCAAUGAAUACGGAUGAGUUGUGUGACAGUGAUACUGGUUGUGAAUCUACAUCUCCUGACAGCGGCUGUGAUAGUGAAUAUACGACAUCUCUUGACAGUGGCAGUGAUAGUGAAUCUACGACAUCUCUUGACAGUUGUUCUGAGCUCUUAGUAUUCAAGUCAGAGAGUGGUGAAGCAAAUAUGAUUCCUCUACUUGUUUAUGGUCCCUCCCUCGAGUUUUUCACUGAUAAAGUAUUGAAAGAUGAGGCAGCUGUUCAACUUUUAAAUGAGUUUCUUGGUACACUUUUUGUCAAUUCAGAACACACCUGUAGUAAUCCUGCAUUGGAUCAUUUUGACAAAGUAAAAAAGGUUUGGGGACACCGUGACUUUCUUAGAGUUCUUUUAAAGGAGGAGGGUGCCCCCUAUCCAAUGGAGACAUGUAAGAUUUUAGCUAGCCGCAAACUGACCGAAUUCAUUGUACCUAAGAUUAGGAGUGAUCCUUCAUUUAAAGUUAUUGUUCAAUAUACGGAACCUGCAAGUAUGAUGAGGAGUGCCUUGAGUAUUAUAAUAGGAUUCUGGGCUAAUGAAGUUGCACUUCUUCCAUUGGUUUAUACAAUGGGUGGUCGUGCUUUCGGAGUAAAAAAAGUCAUCGGAGAUGCCCUUCCUAGUUUUGUGAAGGAAGCGAAAACUCAUUCUCCUUUGGGAGAAGAGAGAUGUAAGAAUCAAAUGUGCAUGGAGUCUCCAGCUUGCUGUAUCAUUGCUGAGCUUUGUCAAGAUGAAUCCAUUAGCAAAUUGGCUGACCAACUAACAAAGGUUCCAAAAGCAGUCACCUGGGCGGAAGAAUUCCUAGCAUCUCUUAAGGAUGAUGUUCCGGUAAAGUAUGCUCACUAUUUCAAGUAUAUUGAAAGACAUAGGUGUUCAGCAAUGGCGUUUUGGUUUGAGCCUGUCAUUAUCCUGCAGCUGAUUAAGGCAUUGAAGGAGUCAGCCCCCCUAGUCAAUGUUUUUCACAAGUAUUCAAAAGGAGCACAGCUUUUACGAUGUCAGGAACGAAUGAUUCGCAUAAAUAAAGAUCCUUUGCUGGGGUCGGUUGUUGAGAGUGAUCCUGUUAAUAAGAUGAGGAAAGCCUUGAGUAUUCUAUUCGGGUACUGGAGUGAUAAGGAUGUGACUCUGUUGUUUUCAAUAUUAUUUUCUCUUAGAGGUGAAAAGGAGACAUUAGCUGAAGUUGACUUGACAGAAGAGAGUGUUCAAUGUCUUCAUUACUUGACCAAUGAUUGUGGUGAUGUCGAGGGUUUGAAGAAUGUGCUAGCUGAUAACUAUCGUGAAGAUUCGGCAGAGUAUAUUGAUCUAUUUGAAAAGAUUAGGAGUAAGGAGCAAAAUGCUAUGAAGCUUGAUAAGGAUACGGAUCUGGCCUAUAUCGUAGUCAUAUUGAAGGGGCGUGACAUACUUUAUUUCAAAAAGACUCCAUGCGGAAAUUAAUUUAAAAAAGACUCCUGCUUUGUGAUUUCACGUUGCUAAACUAAUGCCAAAUAGGACAAUGCUAAUUCUAGUUGUCUGAUGUCUAGUUGAACAAUAGGGGGCAAGUACUCUAGUAUCUAAACUCUAAAGUUUGUUUGUGUCUAUCUUUUAUUUAGUGUGUAGCACGUGCAACGUCACAUUUUUAUGGCAUCUACAGUACUAUUUUUUGCAUUUCUAUACUUUGAAAUAUAGAACACUUUGACAUUCAUGUUUGACAAUGCACGAAUUUGACUUUAAUUAUAUGUAAUUAUGUACUAUCGUAUUA